UCACAACACGGAAGUGCAUGUAUUCCGUUUGCUGCAGCCGUAUUCCGUCGUACUCGUAGUCCUAUAGCUGUCAGUGUGCAGACAGAGCAGGGGGGAUCUGCAUCAUCAAAUGGAUACUGACAUUUAGCAUAUCUGUAUAAUACUUACUCCCCUGCUAUAUCAGCAAUUGCUGUGCUCUCCUCAGUAAGGACCAUGUUAUACCUCAUAGGUUUAGGUCUUGGGGAUGCUAAGGAUGUGACUGUGAGGGGCCUGGAGGUGAUCAGGAGCUGUUCCCGGGUCUACCUGGAGGCAUACACGUCUAUACUCACCGUGGGCAAAGAUGCUCUGGAGGAAUUCUAUGGCCGGGAGCUGAUCCUUGCUGAUCGGGAGACUGUAGAGCAAGAAGCGGAUGAAAUCCUGCGAGAUGCUGCUAUUACUGAUGUAGCCUUCUUGGUGGUUGGUGAUCCCUUUGGAGCUACAACACACAGUGACCUGGUACUGCGAGCUGCCAAAUCAGGAAUUCCUCACCGCGUCAUUCACAAUGCCUCUAUUCUGAGUGCUAUUGGCUGCUGCGGCUUGCAGCUGUAUAACUUUGGGGAGACUGUUUCCAUUGUCUUCUGGACGAACUCGUGGAAGCCGGAGAGUUUUUAUGACAAGAUCAGAAGGAACAGACUAAGUGGGAUGCACACUCUUUGCCUAUUAGAUAUAAAGGUGAAGGAGCAGUCCAUAGAGAACCUUAUGAAGGGAAAGAAAGUUUUCGAACCCCCUCGCUAUAUGACUGUGAACCAAGCAGCCGAGCAGCUUUUGCAGAUUGUACAGAACAGGAGGGAGCUGGGAGAGGAGCUGGCUCUCACUGAGAACACCAUCUGCGUGGGACUGGCUCGAGUAGGGGCAUCUGACCAGUAUAUAGCAGCGGGGACUUUGCAGCAACUCAGCUCGGUUGAGUUUGGUGGCCCUCUUCAUUCGUUGGUGAUAAGUGGCUGCAUGCAUCCCCUGGAACUGGAUAUGCUUAGACUGUUUGCUGUGGAGCCCUCUAGUUUUGAUCAGAUAAAUGUAGAGGACAGCUCAACAUAUCUGUCAUCAUAGACAUGGUCUGAGAACAAUCAGAGCAUCACUACUUAAGCAGCAGCAGCUACCCUGUCUGACAGCAAACAGUGCUUUGUAUGUGUUCCAUUGUGCUUCUGUGUCCCUCUCACUUAAUGGUAUAGAUGUAUACUAAUGUAAGAUGGUGGGCCUGAACAUUUAUUCCUUUUGUGGACCAAGCUUUCCAAGCAGCAGACAAGGCACUGUACAUAUUGGUAAGGAUGCUGUCAUUGGUUCUAGUUAACUGCUACGUUUUAAAAGAAUUUGGUGCAUCCAUAAUAUAUGCUCAGGCACUUUAAUAUAGAUCCGUUUCAUCUGGUUCAGACCUCACUCCCCUCUUGAUACAUAUUUAUUGGAAACCACAGGGAUUUUCCAUGAUAGCCUGUUCUUAUUUUGAAGUGAAUGCCUAAAAUAAUGAAUAAAGCAAAUGCAUUUUCAAAUAAAAA